ACUCGAGUAAACAUAAGCAAACACACGCGCUGCCCAUUUAUAGCUCGAGCGGACAGACGAAGAUUGUGUAAUUAGUUUGUUUGGCUGCACUUCGGAAGAUGGGAGUUGUGUGUUUGUCCUCUUCUAAACUCUCAUCAUUUGAAAUGGCGCGCGCGCGUUGAAUAUUCACACACUAUUGCGUUUCUGCGUUCGGUUCAGUUGUGAAAAGCGAGACUAAACGUCUGUAUGUUGUGUUUUCGCGCGGUGUGUGUGAUGUUUGUAAUGUACUUGUGAGUGUGAGGUAGCAGCGGCGCUAUCUGCGCGCUUUGUGUCGCGGCUCGGCGCGUUCAGCCACGAGACGACUCAAACGGCCUCUUAUUUGCAUAUUCAUGUGUUUGUUCAGCGUACACGCGCACGUGGGACGGAAUAUUAUUGUUUUAGUUUAGUUUAGUUUGUGCUGCUGUUAACUUAAUAGAGAAGGAAACGCGAAAGUCUUUUUUUACUCUGAGACUCAACUGUUUGCCCCCAGGGUAACAUAAAUACCCCAGCAGAUUCUUCUCACGGUCUGUCUGUGUGUGCGCAUGCGCGCCUGGGUGAUGGCGAAUUUAAGUAAAAGCCUGUUUUUUAGAAACGUAUUAUUAUGUGUGGAACAUUUCUUUGAAAACAAAAAAUAUACAUAUAACUGAAUAAAAUAUGUUUUGCAUGAGGUGCACAUGUUUGUCAUUAUUCUGCAUAAUUUAAGCGUCGGUUGAGACAUGCGUCACGGUUUUUAUUUAUCAUGCGGAUUAAAUAUACGGAACUACUCAUAAAUAUUCAUGAACACAAACGUCACGUUUAUGAAUGAUUAAUUUAUGACGUUAAUGUGAAUGCGAGUGCUGUGGAGAAUUAACUUUUUAAUCCUCUUCUCGCGCGCGCGCGUGUGUGUGUGUGCGUGCGCGCGCGCGUGUGGAUGAGAGGUAAAGUAACAGUUGUGGGGGUUUUGUUGAGUCUCUGUUAAUAGGAUUGAUGUCAUUCUGAGCUUUACUUUUUAGAAAAAUAUAAGUGAUCACAACAUGACAAACACUGGUUUUGAAGUUUAAAGAUCCAGAGGUGAGAGAGAGAGAAAUGCAUCUAUUUUUUGGGCAAUAACAGAAAUCAAACAUGGUCUAUGUAAAGUUGUUGAUUAAAAAGUCAAAUCAUUUUAUGUGUUUUUCAUGAUUAUAUGAAGGUUUUCAAGAACAUUUAGGUUUAUUAAAAUAGUCAAAUGUAGAAAUACUUUGAGUGUUUGUUGAUCGUGUCAUUGGAGGGCCAGCAGAUUGUUGUAUGUAUGGAAGUAUGUAAAAAAUUUUUGUCUUUGUUUAGUUUUACUGCUGCAUUUGAGUUUGUGUGUUUAUAUUUUUAAAGAAUGAAUAGAGAGAGAAUGAAUGAAUGGGAUCCUUCUCAUAACAUACUGAUAAAAGAUAAAUCCUGAAAACAUAGUUACUGUAAAUAAUGCAGAAAUGUAAAAGUGUGCGCUUGCUGUUGUGUUGUGAAUUUCACGUGCAGUGUAGAAAUGACACGGGUCAGUUAGUUUACCAGUCAUGUUAAACACAAAGACAUCACAGAAUUGGAGCACACGACAGGAUUAUGGGUUUAUUAAUGCUGAUGAAUAUUAAUGAGUGUCUAAUAGAAAAGUUUGGACUGUAGCUCAGUUUAAGUGUCUCUGUUCUCAUUUCUCUUGCCUUCUGCUUUAUGCCACUUAUCUGUUUAAAUUAUUCAGUACAGCGUUCAAUAGUUUGAAAGGCUAAUUAAUUGCUCAUUUAAAAUUCUAUUUAUUAAAACAUUUGCAUAAUGUAUUGUGUCUCAGUUAGCUUUGUGGAGCCUUGCAACAGCAGUAGUAUGUUAAUUAAGUUUUACUCGACUGUUUGCUUUUCUUUUGAGUUUCAAAAAUCACUCGAUCACUCACUCACUCGAUCACUCGUUCAUAACUCGUCCGUUCUGCGUGUACUGCAAGUGCUGUGAUUGGUCCACUAGAACCUCUCCUGUCAGGUAAAAAACACUGCCCCUCAUUUCUUCAUAGGCAUUUCUGCUUGCAACAGUAAUACAAGUCAAAAGUCUAUUUACCUCCUUCACUAUUGGUCUUCUCAAAACAUACACAACGAGCUGCUGCUGUUUCUUUGUUUGUUGGUCAAGCUUCUGCUUCAUUGGCCGUAACACGUGUGAUACUGCCUACUAGUGGUCUACAUAAUUGCACUUCGACGCAGACGAUGAUGCAGAAGCAUAUAUAUAUAUAUAUAUAUGUAAACUGACGCUAUGGCAUCAAGGCUAUCCUGAUGGAUCUACACACAACUAUAAUGAGCACUUAACACAGUAGGUGGUGAUAAUGCCCCUUAACGUUGGUGCUACCCAUCAUUUAUUAAAGAAGAAUAUGCUGGAAACGCACUCUCUCGUGAACGCGUGUGGGUCGUUACCAGAAGCUAGUGAUUUUAGUUUGUAAAGUUUUAAAUACGGAUAUUUUUCUAACAAAAUGGCAUGGCCUUUUUUAACCCCCUGGAGCUGUGUGGAUUACUUCUGUGAAGGAUGGUUGCACUUUUAUUGGGCUUUAAAUCAGAAGCACCAUUUACUGUCAUUAUAAAGCUUGGAACAGCCAGGACAUGUAUAAUCUGAUAAUAUAAUAUACAACUCUGAUUGUGUUUGUCUGAAAUAAGGUAAUCAUAAACAUCGAGGAUGAGUGAGUUAGUUAGUUAUGGGGUAAGUUACUGAAGCUGUAAGUUUGUGUAGUGUGUUAAGGUUGUGUGGUUUGUUGUUGUUGUUGUUAGCUGUGAUGCUGGUUCAGUUUUACUCUUCAGCAGUCAGUAGUAAUUAAGAGUCACACACUGUUAGUAAUUGGCCUUGUCUCGCUUCUGGCUCGCUGCUGUAUCCUUCGUCCUCAAAGCAAUCCAAUUAAUAUGCUAAUGAGCUGAUAAAUAUUUAUGAAUGAUUUUGAAUUAUGCAGAAAGCUUUCAGAGGUUUGUGUGAACUUCAAAGCCGCGUUCUUCUAAUGAGUGCCAGGGUAUCAGAUUUGCAUACGGCUUUAAUCAGCUGAAUACUGAUGAGCGUUCAUUAUAGAUUCUACACGUUCGCCUGUAGUCUUUGUGUUUCGGUCGUUGUUGAAGAAACAACUUUACCUCAUGCACGCCGUCAGAAUCCACACCGGUCCGUCGCCGCUGAUGCAUGCUGGUUAGGGUUGUGAUUUUUCUCAACAAUAGUAGCUCUGCUCGUGAGAUUUUUUUGUAUUCAGAGUUAUUGGAGCGUCAGGUGAUUUUCUGGUUUAGCGGUCACUCAUGGACUCGGCAGAAUUAAGUGAAAGCCCAAUGGAGACCAGUACACACGGAGCUCAAGCAGCUCAAACAAACGCUCUGGCCGUCCAGAAACCAAACGGACAAGCGACAAGUGCCAUCAGCAACGUGCAGGCGCAAGCUUUACUCCAACAGAACAUGCAGCUCUUCCUGCAGCAGACGCAGGCGCAGCUCCUCGCCGCGGCCGUGCAGCAGUCUGCAGGUCAGCAGAGCAACACCACCGGAGCAAAUAUCUCCGCCUCCGCGGCCACGCCCAUAACACUGUCUCAGCCAAUCCAGAUCGCAUCUCCGCAGGGUUUGAACCUGCAGCAGUUUGUGUUGUUGCAACCCGGUCACUCCAUCACACCACAGAUUCAACCUCAGUUCAUCAUCUCAUCAUCUCCUCAGGGACAGAGCGGUCUCCUGCAACCUCACAAUCUUCUGACUCUACCUCAAAGCCAAGCAAACCUCCAGGCAUCACAGACCAGCAUCACCCUCACUACACAGGCGGCGACACCGACAAGAAAAAUAGCAGCCAUGCCCACCCCUCCGGUGGCCACACCCAAACGCAUGGACACCCCGUGUGUGGAGGAAGCCAGCGAUCUGGAGGAGCUGGAACAGUUUGCAAAAAAUUUUAAGCAGAGACGAAUAAAGUUAGGUUUUACUCAGGGAGACGUCGGCUUGGCCAUGGGGAAACUUUACGGGAACGACUUCAGUCAGACCACCAUCUCUCGAUUCGAGGCCUUGAAUUUGAGCUUCAAGAAUAUGUGCAAACUCAAACCUCUGUUGGAGAAAUGGCUGAACGACGCAGAGAACAUGACGGCCGACUGCGUGGUGUCGAGUCCGAGCGAGAUGUCUCCCGGUCUGUGCGAGAAUCUGAACCGACGGCGAAAGAAACGGACCAGCAUCGAGACCUGCAUGCGUCUGGCAUUAGAGAAGAGCUUUCUGGAGCAGAGCCAGAAGCCCUCAACCGAGGAGAUAACACUGAUCGCAGACCAGCUGAGCAUGGAAAAGGAGGUGGUGCGCGUUUGGUUCUGUAACCGCAGACAGAAAGAGAAGAGAAUCAAUCCACCCAGCAGCAGCGCUUCACCUAAUACACAUCUCAAAACCAUCUACAGCAGCUCCACACCAACGGUGUCCAGCGGUACAAACACACUGACGGUAAAUCAUCCAGUCGUUUCUCUGAACACCAGCAGCAUCCCAAGCCUCACGUUCACCGGUGCUACGCUGGGUCACAUGAUGUCUAAUACGCCAUCCGUCAUCUCCAUGGCACCUGCUAUGGCCACGCCCGCCCCCACCGUGACAUCACCGUCCCUGACCCCAUCGGCCACGGGCGCGACACUGCCCGCUACGAAACGGGAAACGUCGAACAACUCCCAGGCGGUUUCCACAUCGACGACGGUUACACAGGGGGCGGGUCAACUGCUGGUGACGGGGGCGGGGCUGAAUUCGGCGAUCAUUAGCCCUUCGCAGCUGACUCAAGGUGGAGCUCUGUUGAGUUUGACUCCUGCUCUCGGGAACACUUUGAGUCCGGCGUUAAUGAACAAUAACACGCUGGCCACCAUCCAGGCUCUGGCAUCGGGAGCCGCGCUGCCCAUCGCAUCCUUCGACGGAAACACCGGUCUGCUCUUCGCCAACACCAGCACAGGGAACGCCGUACCCAGCCUGAUGACCACGCCCUUCUUUCUUAACUCGUCCGGCCUCUCGUUUCUGCCCGCUAAUCUGCUGUCUGGAGGCGGGGCUCUCAACCUACAGGUGACCAACGAUGUGCAGCAGAGUUCUGUGACGAAUAAAAGCAUCGCCGUGGCCUCGAAGGCCCAAUAAACGUGGGGCUUUUUCCCAAGUUAGACUUUAUUUAAUCUUGUUGCUAUUACCAAAAAGCAUUCUGACCCGUGUGGUUCCUCCCCUGUGACGUUUCCGUUCGUUCACACUGUGCAACUUUGACAAACCUUUAAGGAUGAACUUUAGUUUUGCUUUCCUUAAGUCUGUUUCCUAAACUAAUGUUGAAAUUAACCAAAAAUGUGAGACUCUUUGCUGACAGGAAGUUCUUCGUGUAGCAGAGUUUAAUUCACUUCCUGUGAUGUCGUCGCCGGUUGGCUUUAUCGAUGACUGAGUUCACAUUUAUAACCAAAUACAUUUCAGAUAUAUUUUAUGUAGUUUUGAGAAACGUAUCUUUGGUGGAAGUUUUUCAGAAAAUCUUUAAGAUGUAUUAGGGCGACUUUUUUAAAACUAAUACUUUAACUUGAUAUCACUUUAUGAAUACGGUUAGAUGGCUUUAUAAACGAGUAAUAAGAAAUGACAGCGAGCGUCUCCUGUCAGAAAUGCAAACAAUCUUUCAAGCUUUGUCUUAACACUGAUUUUGUUUGUCUGAUCUUAUAUUAUAUCUAUACAAUGAAAUUCCACACAUUAAACCACAGUUUAAUGACCUGACGUCUACGUUUUGUGAUUUUUUUUUUUUUAAGUAUUAUUUAAAAUGUUGAGUAAUCCGAGCGUGUGGAUUGAUUAUAAUUUGAUGACCUCUUUAGCUGACGUUGUCUCCUAACCAGAUGCGUUCAUGUUUUUGAGAAGGGUGUGACUCUCUGUCUUCUCUAAAAUCUCAUUGUUUGUCACAUGAGUGCGUGUUACACAUCAUGUAUGUUUGAUCAGGUGAGGACGUAACAAGAUAAACACUACACGAAGCCUCGUUUACAAAACAUAACAGCCUAUUAAAACCAUACCAUGAUAAAUGACAUAAGAAUGGUUUGACGUGCAGAGAAAUGUCUUCAUGUUUCCUAACUUGUGUAUUUUCAGCAUGUUUAUGUCCGAUGUCUUUGGUGGUUUUUGCUCGGUUGCUUAAUUUAUUGCAUCAGAAUGUUUUAGCAAACGCCUCGAGCGAUCUUUCUACGGCUGUUUUGUGGAUGAGGUCUGUGGUUUUAUUUUAUUAUUAUUAUUAUUAUCUAAAUGAGUUCCUGCGUGUCUUGAACAGUCAGCUUUGGGUUUGAUCUUUGUUCUUUAAGUUUGAUUGAUGAAGAUUUUACAGACAAACCAAAAAUAUGUUCAGCCUGUCGCUGCAUCACGGCAGUCAAGCGGCCUUGUUGAAUGAGACGCCGCAACGCUUUCAGGCCAAAGACUUUGUUGUUUAAGAAUCGUAGCUGUUGUCCAGACAGACGACGUAAAAAAAGCUUUAACCAAAGUUAGGGUUUCACACCGUCCAUCAUUGUUAGGAUGAACCCUGUGUGUGUGAUGUCAUUGUGAGGUUUGUAGAAAUACCUCCAGCACUGAUGUUACUGCUGUGACACAAAACAUCUUAAAAGAAAUUAAAAGAUUGAAGUUAAAGACUUCUGCUGUCUUCUCACUACUGCUGUCUUGUCAAUGUUGUUUUAUGAUUUAUGUUUGUGUUGAGUUCUCCCACAUUAAAAUUGUCUGACAUUUAUGAGAUAUUUGUGUGUUUAUAUCUGCAUGUGAGAAAUUAAACACAGGUCAACAGCACCGGUGAUCAUUUCAUCUCUUUCAAUCAGUCGUUGUGUUUCUGCUGUCCACUCACUUUCAGAAAUAAACCAAAGAUUUUCUAAGUGUUGUGUGUUAACUUGUGUUUCUCUCACACACAUGCACAUUAAUUUACCAGGACUAUAAUCUGUAAAUAUAAUCUCAAAUGUUUUAUAGUUGCUCCUGAAGCACAGACCAAAGGUUAUUCAUGCCUGCUAUAUAUAUAUAAUACAGCUCUGGAUAAAAAUAAGAGACCACUUUCAGAUUAUUUUCAGUUUGAAUUUCAACAUUUCUGCCAAAUUCCUGAAAAAAAGUCAUGUUUUUAUUUUUGCUAUGAUUUGCAAAAAAAAACUGAAAACAGACAAACUAACCCUAACCCUAAACUAACAAAAAGAUAAAAAUGUUUUCAGAUCUUGAACACUUCUAAGAAAACAAGUUUAUAUUUAUUUUAAAUAAUCCGCACAAUACUCAUAUUUUUACAUGUAUUUUAGUAAUAGUGAAUAUUUGAUGUAAUAACCCUGAUGUUUGAUGAUGAUUAAAGUCCAAACUGGUGUGGUAUCUUUAUUUUUUCACAGCUGCAUGUGUACAUAUCUUUAAUUUGAAAUAAAUAUCAUGAUUUUUAGUAAUCAUG